AUGAUAUCCACCAUACUCUCCCAAUCCGAACAGGAUAAGCUCAUCAGGAAGCUCGGAAUCUUCAAGAUCCAAGGCCGGGACAAGCGCGGCCGCCCCAUCCUCCGCAUCAUCGGAAAAUACUUUCCCGCGAGGCUCGUCAGCGUGGACGCCCUGAAGAAGUACCUGGAGGCCGAGAUUUUUCCGGGAUUGGAGGGCCGGCGGUUCUCGGUGGUUUACGUCAACACGGAGGUGAACCGGGCCGAAAACUUCGCCGGAAUAUCGGCCCUGAGGUCCAUAUACGACGCCGUCCCGGUCAAGGUCUGGGAGAAUCUGGACACGUUUUACUUCCUCCACCCGGGCCUCCAGUCCCGACUCUUCCUCGCCACCCUCGGCCGCGUGCUGUUCGCCUCCGGCGGCGGGUUGUACGGGAAGGUGAAGUACGUUAACAGGGUGGAGUUUUUGUGGGAUUAUGUGAGGAGGAUAGGGUUUGAGAUGCCGGAGUUCGUGAGCGAGUUUGACGAGGAGAUGGAGAGCCGGGGGACGCUCGAUUACGGGCUUGAGAGCGAUCAUCCGGGCUUGGAAAGGGCCUGUUCGGGCCUCGAUUCCGCGGUUUCCACUUACUCCAUGAGGUGUAUUGCUUAG